CUCGGUCCCCGCGUGCGCACACGCACACGCCGCCGCGCAGGGACACACGGACCCCUGCGGCCGCACGGACGCGGAGACCAGGCUCGGCGCGCGCGCUCCUCGGCGCACACGCUCCCCAUCCCCGGGCGGCGCGGGGCGCGGACUCGCCGGCUGCGCGCCCUCCCCGUGGAGUCUGCCCCGGGCCGACCCGCAGCCCCCGGCCAGGCCCCGCAGUGAGCAGCCUGCAGACACCUUGGGACUGAGCGGCAGCUGCUGUCGGUGGGAGGCCAGCAGUGCUGGCUGAGCGGCGUCAUGGCCAGUGUCGUGCAGGUCUCCCUGGCUGCCCUCCUCCUGCUGCCUAUGGCCACCGCCAUGCACUCCGACUGCAUCUUCAAGAAGGAGCAAGCCAUGUGCCUGGAGAAGAUCCAGAGGGCCAAUGACCUGAUGGGCUUGAACGAUUCCUUCCCAGGCUGCCCUGGGAUGUGGGACAACAUCACGUGUUGGAAGCCCGCCCACGUGGGGGAGAUGGUCCUGGUCAGCUGCCCCGAGCUCUUCCGGAUCUUCAACCCGGACCAAGUCUGGGAAACCGAAACCAUCGGGGAGUUUGAUUUUGCUGACAGUAACUCCUUGGAUCUCUCAGACAUGGGGGUGGUGAGCCGGAACUGCACAGAGGAGGGCUGGUCGGAGCCUUUCCCGCAUUACAUUGAUGCCUGUGGGUUGGACGACUAUGAAUCUGAGACGGGGGACCAGGAUUACUACUACCUGUCCGUGAAGGCCCUCUACACGGUUGGCUACAGCACGUCUCUCGUCACCCUCACCACCGCCAUGGUCAUCCUGUGUCGCUUCCGGAAGCUGCACUGCACACGCAACUUCAUCCACAUGAACCUGUUCGUGUCAUUCAUGCUGAGGGCCAUCUCCGUCUUCAUCAAAGACUGGAUCCUGUAUGCGGAGCAGGACAGCAACCACUGCUUCAUCUCCACCGUGGAGUGCAAGGCCGUCAUGGUUUUCUUCCACUACUGCGUCGUGUCCAACUACCUGUGGCUGUUCAUCGAGGGGCUGUACCUCUUCACCCUGCUGGUGGAGACCUUCUUCCCCGAGAGGAGAUACUUCUACUGGUACACCAUUAUUGGCUGGGGGACCCCAACUGUGUGUGUGACCGUGUGGGCUACACUGAGGUUCUACUUCGAUGACACAGGCUGCUGGGAUAUGAAUGACAGCACGGCUUUGUGGUGGGUGAUCAAAGGCCCUGUAGUCGGCUCUAUAAUGGUUAACUUUGUGCUUUUCAUCGGCAUCAUCGUCAUCCUUGUGCAGAAACUUCAGUCUCCAGACAUGGGAGGCAAUGAGUCCAGCAUCUACUUCAGCUGCGUGCAGAAAUGCUACUGCAAGCCACAGCGCGCUCAGCAGCACUCUUGCAAGAUGUCAGAACUGUCCACCAUUACUCUACGGCUGGCCCGGUCCACCCUGCUGCUCAUCCCACUGUUCGGAAUCCACUACACUGUAUUCGCCUUCUCCCCAGAGAACUUCAGCAAGAGGGAAAGACUCGUGUUUGAGCUGGGGCUGGGCUCCUUCCAGGGCUUCGUGGUGGCUGUUCUCUACUGUUUUCUGAAUGGGGAGGUGCAGGCGGAGAUCAAGCGGAAGUGGAGGAGCUGGAAGGUGAACCGCUACUUUGCCGUGGACUUCAAGCACCGACACCCGUCCCUGGCCAGCAGUGGGGUGAACGGGGGCACCCAGCUCUCCAUCCUGAGCAAGAGCAGCUCCCAGAUCCGCAUGUCCGGCCUCCCAGCUGACAACCUGGCCACCUGAGCCGCCCUCCCCUCCUCCUGUCCUGCAUCCACAGGCUGGGGCCGUGGGCAGGUGCCGGCCCACGCAUGUUCGCGCCUCUUCCCUCCCCUCGGGCGGGCCCUGGACUGGAAGCUUGGCUGCCCAGGGGGAAGAAGGAGGCAGGGCAGACUGUGUUGCCCCUCCCCAUUUUGGUACUGGCCCCACCCACCAUGGUCCCCUGGGCCCUGACCCAGACAUGUAAAUACUCCUCGAAUUUGACAAAGUUGUCCCAUUCCUUCCCCUUCUGCCCCCAUGUCCCUGUUCCCCUCAAGCCAGGCCUCAGCUCCACCCCACUGUGUCUCGGCCAGCCUCAGUGAUGGCCUGACGCCAGCCGUGAGGCCUUGUGAGCUAAGGCUGAAGAGACCUUACUUUGGGAGGCUGGGGUGGUGCCUGCCCCAGUAGCCCCAGCAUUGCGUGACUUUGGAUAUGGACUUCCCGAGUCUGCACACCCCCUUCGGGCCCUUCCAGGUCUGGGCCCAGUCCCCGAGGUCCAUCAGAGGUCCAGCUCGGGUGGCCAGAGUGUCCUUCAGUGGCUCCCCACUGGCCACCUGGCAUCUUGGGGUCCAGGUGCUCAGCUCCUGGAUCCCAGGGCAGGGGGACAGCUGCAAGGCUCUUCCAGUCAGAGACUUCAGUGUGGGAGGGGGGGCGCUGCAGGUCAGGGAAAGUUCUGGUGCUUUUCAUUUGAUCCAAGCAAGAGCUGAGAGCCAGAAAUGUGGACAUGAUCGGGAAGGAGAUGGAAUGAGUUUGGGAGAUCCAUGGAAGAAGACCUUCACCAACUUCAUUAUUUUGCACCCAAUUCAAGAUGGGCAAGGCUCAUCUCAUGGCUUCCCCUCUGCCCCUCCUGCCUCCACUAGGUACCCCAGAGAAGCUGCUCCCUAACCACACCCACCACAGAGAGCCCCUAACCCCCACCCCCUGGCCCAUUUCCCCCUAAGUCAAAGCCAUGACUAGGAUGAACCAGCCGCCUGCCUGUAAUGUCAGCGAAUCCCGAAGCACCUUCCACCUCCACGCACCCAAGUCUGGGGCCAGGGCACCUUCCCCCCACCCCACAAUGAGAAGGAGCCCCAGACACCAGCUCCUUGGUCCUGGACUCAGCUACUGAAAUCUUUCUGAGACCUCUGCAAAGACUUCCCUCUGUCUUUGAGUCCCUUAACCUUGAGUCACCGUGGGCUGCUAGGGUGUCUGGAGGAGAAGCCACACCCGCCAUGCCCACCAGCAGAAGCUGCUGCCGAUACGGGCGGCUGCUCCCCAGCACCCAUCCUGACCCCCAGCCGCAAGUCGCACAGCUACAGCCCAAGAAUGUAAAACAGGGCAGUGCCACGUUGGGAGGGGAGGAAAGUGCUGGAGUGCUGUGAGGGCCCCGUUCACUCCGAGUGAGCUCAGUGUUGUUCCUGCCCAGGUGUGUUUGCAGACUUGUUCCGUGAUCGUGUCCUGGAAUGCCUGGGGAAUCUGGGGGGACAGGAUUGUUGUUUUGCUUGGUUUUAGGAAGAGGAAGGAGCCAGGUGGACGAGGGGAGACACUUUUGCAGAGGCCUGCAGAGUGACUGGAGGGGGCUCUGGUUGUAAUUUAGAAAGGAGUGUCCUUGGCCAGUAAAGUCAGUCCCUGGGUCUUUGGCAAAGCCAGAGGGAGAAAGGAGCUACCUGCCCUAUCCUGGGCACAUUUGGUGACUCAGACUGACCAUGGGGUGUGCAGUGGCCCUUCCACCUGUACCAGGAGCUGGGUGUGUCACCUAAACGAGUGUCCCCUGGCCAUCUUGCACUUUGGACACUUCUAGGGGGACUGGGAUUCAGAGACCUAGAAUCUGCUUGGGGGGUAGGGGGGUUUAGACUGCGGUGUCCGUGGACAUGAUGCUCCCUGUCUGGGCCUCAGAUUCCGCAUUUGUGAGAUGAGGAAACUUCUAACGCUUCUCCAGGCUCUGUAACUUUCCAGUUCAAAGCUGAGGCAGGUAAGAGGGCAUGCAUCACUGUGUGUGCCAUCUAAGGUUUGUGUGUGUGUGUGUGCGUGUAUGGAGGGAAUGCCGUUCAUUUUCCCUUUCUUAGGAACAGAACUUCUGUCUCUUCCAUUUGGACACCACAGUGGAUGCUGGAGGACUGGAAGGAAGGCUCAGGUCAGGGACAUUUGAGCAGGUGCCUUGGGCAUGAUGCAUAGACCAGCCACGGGUACCUGGCUGGGGCAGGCUGCCUCCUCCAGAUCAAAAGGGGAGUCCCCUGGGGACAGACCCCAUGCACUCACCAUUGCCCCACCAUUGUCUGCUCACUGUGGAAGAAGAAACUUAGACUUUGUAGAGACGACAUCACAAAAUAGCCAAAACAAAUCAACCCUGAGCCCCAUGCGCCAUGCUGCUACCUGAGCCCUGGGUCUGCGUCCUCAUAGAGGUUCCAGGUUCCAGUUUGUUGGUUGGUUUGCUUUUCCGUCAAAAUGAACUUUUGCCAGUCUUGUGAGCAUAUAUACCCCGAUACAUUCUGAACGUUCCAGGAGGUUCUGGCCUUCACGGUCACAGGCUGUGGGGAGGGUGGCAGCAUGAGGUCUAGGUAAAACCCAUCCCUCUCUGACUCUCUUGUUUUUGAAUCCAUAAAAUGUGCAAUGAGACUAGAUGAUGUGUAUAUAGCCCCAUGCAUCCCUGGAAUUCUCUGUCUAAACACCAGCCAUCUGCUUGGAACGGGCUCAGGAUUGCGGUGUUUGGACCAGGAGAGGAUGGGAUGAGAACUCCUGUCAUGUGAGGAGGGCUUGGGAGACUCGGCAGAGUGGGGCUGGGGAGGAGCAGAGCUGUCAGCCCCCUGCCUAUAGGGGCUCACUCCUGGGAAGCGUUUCUUCUUCUAUGCAAUCCUAAA